CACUAUAAAAUACAUUAAGAAUAACAUAUCUGUGUUCAGUUUAGAUAGCAUUUGAUAGACUACUUUCCAAAACCUCUCUUUUUUUUAAAGUGCUUUUUAAAUUUUGAUAGGUAUUGGAGGAUUUAAUCUUAUACUAUAGAAGCACAAUCAGGAAUGAUUUCUAUUUUAGUUGUAAGCUUAGCCUCUAACAGCUGAGCAGUCUCCCAAGCCCCAGGAAUCACUUUAGAGUGAUAAUAUUCAUCUUUCAGUUUCUCCUCUAGUCAUUUUUCUUUAUUGGUGUUGUGCAAAAACCAUAUUGGGGAUCUCACCAGUUUAGAACUCUUAAACUGGAUUCCCCAAAGUCAUAAGUAGGUUAAAAAAAAUUGUAAUUUUGUAUCUUCAGCCUGUUCAUAAAAAUAUUUUAUCCUUGAAUUUCAAAUUGCUAAGUGGCUAAUUAAAUAUUUGCAUUUGGAGAUAGCUGGAGCAAAUAUUUCCCAGUCAAUAAAUACUAACAUGUUUCUUGUAAAAAUGAGUCUCAGGACAAUCAAAUGAAAUUUUACAAAAUCUUUAACAUCAGUAUUCUUUAGGUUCUUUAAGAUACUUGGUUUGUAAGUAUGACCGGAAUUCUCAAGUGUGUGAGGUUGUAUUUGUCUCCACCUAAAUAAGGAAGUUACUUCUUAAGUUAAUUAGAUGACUUGUAACUCUACUGGGUGAGGGUAAAAUUCAGAAUCUCCAAAGACAAAGAAACAAAUUCAAUGUAUUUUAAAUUACUUGGCCCUUCAGCUUACCUCUUUAUUUUUUUUCUCUUGCAGGAAACACUGGUACCUUUAGAAUACAGGAAUGAGAGGCAAGGAAGAAAGGCCAUUCAUCAUAAGAAGAUUUGAAUCACUUUGAAAUUUUAAAGGAAUGUAACACUUGCUGCUAAACUAUCUUGGUCACCAGAAGGAACAAAGUGCUUCAGAAUUAAAUGGAAGUCUUCACUAAACAAAAGGAGGAAAACUAACGACAACAGAAAAGAAAUAGCAAUUUUAGGCAUAUAAUCGGGUCAUCGAGAUGGCUCAGCAGAUUGAUCAUACUUAGAGGAGCUGCUGUAACCACACACGGAGGUGAAAACUAACAGAUGCAAAUGCAAGUCUUGCUAUGCGCUGAAGAAACCGCAUUGUCUGUGAAGUUCUAUUUUUAAAAAUGUCUGCUUGUAACACCUUCACAGAACACGUUUGGAAACCCGGCGAAUGCAAGAAUUGCUUUAAACCUAAAAGCUUACACCAGCUUCCUCCAGACUCUGAGAAGACACCCCUCACCCAUGGUAAUGUAAAAACUAAUGCCAACCAUAGUAACAACCACCGUGUCAGGAACACCGGGAAUUUCCGGCCCCCUGUGGCUAAGAAACCCACUAUUGCUGUGAAGCCCACUAUGAUGGUAGCAGACGGGCAGAGUGUGUGUGGUGAGCUGAGCAUCCAAGAACACUGUGAGAACAAACCUGUCGUCCUGGGCUGGAACCAAAACAAGACAGCUCUGAGCCAGAAACCACUUAACAACAAUUCUGAAGGCGAUGCUGAAGGCUUUGGCCAUGCCCCCCAGCAAUGCGGCAAUAAUGACAGCGCAAAGAAGAUGUCCAACAACAACAACGGACUCACCGAAGUGCUGAAGGAGAUAGCGGGUCUGGAUGCCACGCCUCAGAUGAGAGGAAACGAAACAAACUCCAGAGAAACAUUCCUGGGAAGAAUAAACGAUUGCUACAAACGAUCACUGGAAAGAAAGAUCCCACCAAGUUGCAUGACAGGGAGCAUGAAGGAUUCUCAGGGCAAGCACGUGAUUCUGAGCGGGAGCACAGAGGUCAUCAGUAACGAAGGGGGCAGGUUCUGCUACCCCGAGUUUUCCAGUGGAGAGGAGAGCGAGGAAGACGUGCUUUUCAGCAACAUGGGAGAGGGGCACGAGAGCUGGGACGAGAGCGACGAAGAGCUGCUAGCCAUGGAGAUUCGCAUGAGAGGGCAACCUCGCUUUGCUAACUUCAGGGCUAACACUCUGUCUCCUGUUCGAUUCUUUGUGAGCAAAAAAUGGAAUACGAUCCCAUUACGUAACAAGUCUCUGCAGAGAAUCUGUGCUGUGGACUAUGAUGACAGCUAUGAUGAAAUACUUAAUGGCUAUGAAGAAAAUUCUGGGGUCUCCUAUGGUCAAGGAAGCAUUCAGAGCAUGGGGUCAUCUGAGUCCACAUCGCCAGAUUCCUCGUUUACAGAGGAGUCACGUUCUGAAACAGCCAGCAGUUUAUCUCAGAAGAUCUGUAAUGGGGGGCUAUCUCCUGGUAACCCAGAAGAGUCUAAAGACAUGACAGAAACCGAGUCUAGCUAUGAAAGACCUCCUGGUAAGAAUGAGGAGAAGGACUCAUCACUAACUUCCAAAAGCUCAGCAAAAGUUCCAGAGACACACAAAGCAGUCCUUGCUCUCCGCUUAGAGGAGAAGGAUGGCAAAAUUGCAGUACAAACUGAGAAGCCAGAAAACAAAGCCUCUACAGAUAUCGCUGGCCAAGCAGUCACCAUCAGCCUCGUCCCUGUAGAAGAACAGACAAAGCCAUACCGCGUUGUGAAUCUGGAACAGCCGCUGUGUAAGCCAUAUACUGUUGUGGACGUGUCGGCAGCCAUGGCCAGUGAGCACCUUGGGCGCCCCAAGAUAAAAGGCUCAUCCUCUACUCCAAACUCUCCAGUAACAUCACCUGCCUCGGCACCAGGACAAAUGAAUGCCCAUGUCAAAAAAUCCAGUGCAAUCCGAUACCAGGAAGUGUGGACUUCCAGCACCAGUCCACGACAAAAGAUCCCUAAAAUUGAAUUAAGUACUGGGGGAACUGGGCCAAAUGUCCCUCCAAGGAAAAACUGCCAUAAAUCAGCACCUACUUCACCCACGGCUACAAACAUUUCCUCCAAAACCAUCCCUGUUAAGUCACCUAAUUUAUCUGAGAUAAAAUUUAACAGUUACAACAAUGCUGGGAUGCCACCUUUCCCCAUUAUCAUUCAUGAUGAGCCAUCCUAUGCCCGGAGUUCCAAAAACGCUAUUAAAGUUCCCAUUGUUAUUAAUCCAAAUGCGUAUGACAAUCUCGCCAUCUACAAAAGUUUUCUGGGAACAAGUGGAGAACUCUCAGUGAAAGAAAAAACCACAAGCGUAAUAAGCCAUACUUAUGAAGAAAUAGAAACUGACAGCAAGGUGUCUGAUAACGCCACUAACAAGCUCCCAGACUGUCCCCAAGCCAAAGGCUUUUCCAACAGCACAGAGCGUAAAAGAGGCUCCGUAGCUCAGAAGGUUCAGGAGUUUAACAAUUGUCUCAACAGAGGUCAGUCUUCUCCACAAAGGAGCUAUAGUUCCAGCCACAGCUCCCCAGCAAAAGUCCAGAGACCCAGUCAAGAGCCCGCGGCCAAAGCAGAAGGCAUUCAGGGGUCUCAGGUGGCAGGCAGCAGGGGCAGCACCAGGGAGAAAGCAAGCGCUGUGCUUUGUCAGAUUGUGGCUUCUAUCCAGCCCCCUCAGACUCCUCCAGGAGCACCUCAGUCUAGCCCUAAGGCUUGCAGUGUGGAAGAGCUCUACGCUAUUCCUCCAGAUGCAGAUACUGCAAAAGAUAUACCGAAAAGUACACCAGUCCGACCCAAAUCUCUCUUUACAUCUCAGCCCAGUGGGGAAGCGGAGGCACAUCAGACCACAGAAAACCCUACCACUAAAAUUCAGAAAGAUCCACUCGUGAAGCCAGUCACUUCCCCUCCCUCCAAAUUAGUGACCAGUGCCCAAAGUGAGCCACCACCUCCCUUUCCCCCACCACGGUCUACUUCCUCCCCUUACCAUGCAAGUAAUCUUUUGCAGAGGCAUUUCACCAAUUGGACCAAGCCAACCAGUCCUACCAGAUCCACAGAAGCUGAAUCAAUCUUGCAUGCUGAAGGCAGCAGGCGAGCAGCUGAUGCAAAGCCCAAACGUUGGAUAUCAUUUAAAAGCUUCUUCCGCCGUCGGAAAGCAGAUGAAGAAGAAGAGAAGGAGAAGGAGCGAGAGAAAGGGAAGCUGGUGGGCCUGGAUGGAACAGUCAUCCACAUGCUGCCGCCGCCUCCGGUCCAGCGCCAUCACUGGUUCACAGAGACGAAAGGGGAGUCCAAUGAGAAGCCCGCCAUUGUCUUCAUGUACAGGUGUGACCCUGACCAAGGCCAGCUCAGUGUGGAUCAAAGCAAGGCCGGGACAGAGAAAGGAAGAACAGAGGAUGUGUUACUCCAGGACUCAGAAGAGAAGAAAAGCAGCCAUUCUUCUCCAUCUCGGAUCCCUGACAAAGCUUCCAGUCGCGUGACCCACGAAGUGGCAGAGGAAUUUUCUCCUCAGGAUCCCAAACCUCUGGCUGUGAAGCAAGAUGGCACUUCUGUCACACCAGCUUCGCCCCCGCCUGACCUGGAGAGGGAAGAAGAAAAAGAUGACACUGCGGAUCCCAUAGAUCUGAACUCCUGCAGCGCAACAUAUAGCAACCUAGGGCAGUCUAGAGCAGCUAUGAUACCUCCCAAGCAUCCACGGCAUCCCAAGGGAGCUUCGGACGAUGCCAUUGCCUUUGGAGAGAAGACAGACCAGGAAGUAUUGAAUGCUUCUCAACCCACGCCACCCCCACUGCCAAAGAAAAUGAUACGAGCCAAUACAGAGCCGAUUUCCAAAGACCUUCAGAAGACCAUGGAAAGUAGCCUUUGUGUCAUGGCUAAUCCCACCUACGAUAUUGACCCCAACUGGGAUGCCAGCAGUGCUGGGUCGUCUAUUAGCUGUGAACUCAAAGGACUGGACAUUGAGUCUUACGACUCCUUGGAGAGACCUUUGCACAAAGAGAGACCUGUUCCUUCAGCAGCAAACAGUAUCUCCAGCUUAGCCACUCUCAGUAUUAAGGACAGAUUUUCCAACAGUAUGGAGUCCCUCUCCAGCCGACGUGGUCUCUCCUGUAGACAGGGUCGAAGCAUCCAGAAGCCACAGAGACAAGCACUUUAUCGAGGACUUGAAAAUCGGGAGGAAGUGGUGGGUAAAAUCCGAAGCCUUCAUACAGAUGCCUUGAAGAAAUUGGCUGUUAAAUGCGAAGACCUCUUCAUGGCUGGGCAGAAAGACCAACUCCGCUUUGGAGUGGACAGCUGGUCAGAUUUCAGGCUAACCAGCGACAAACCGUGCUGCGAAGCUGGAGAUGCGGUCUACUACACUGCCUCAUAUGCAAAAGAUCCACUCAAUAACUAUGCCGUCAAGAUCUGUAAGAGCAAAGCUCAGGAAUCUCAGCAGUAUUACCACAGCUUGGCUGUCCGGCAGAGUCUGGCUGUGCAUUUUAACAUCCAGCAGGAUUGUGGCCAUUUCCUUGCUGAAGUCCCUAAUCGUCUGCUUCCCUGGAAGGAUCCUGAUGCUCCUGAAAAGGCAGAGGACGAAACUGAGAACAGUGAGGAAGAGGUAAAAGCAGAAACUGCCGGGGAAAACCCCCAGCCCUGCUCUGAAACAGAGUCGUCCCAGAAAAAGAACCAGCGAGUCACGAAUAGGAAACAGAGAAGCCAUGUUGUAGUGAUCACCAGGGAGGUUCCCCAUCUCACUGUGGCCGACUUUGUGCGAGAUUCCUUGGCCCAUCAUGGGAAAAGCCCUGACCUGUAUGAGAGGCAGGUGUGUCUGCUGCUCUUACAGCUGUGCUCCGGCCUCGAGCAUCUCAAGCCCUACCAUGUCACUCACUGUGAUCUGCGCCUGGAGAACUUGUUGCUUGUCCAGCACCAGCCUGGGGGAGCUGCCCAAGGCCCUUCACCUGCAGAUCCUGGCCCCCCCUCAGCUUGUCCCACAAGGCUCAUCGUGAGCAACUUCUCGCAGGCCAAGCAGAAGAGCCAUCUGGUGGAUCCCCAGAUCCUCCGAGACCAGUCCCGCCUUGCCCCAGAGAUCAUCACAGCCACCCAGUAUAAGAAGUGUGAUGAGUUCCAAACGGGCAUCCUCAUCUAUGAAAUGCUGCACCUGCCCAACCCUUUCGAUGAGAACCCAGAGCUGAAGGAGAAAGAGUACACACGCACAGAUCUGCCUCGCAUCCCUCUCCGCUCCCCAUACUCUUGGGGCCUGCAGCAGCUCGCCAGCUGCCUCCUAAACCCCAACCCUUCUGAGCGCAUCCUCAUUUCUGACGCCAAAGGCAUCCUCCAGUGUCUGCUCUGGGGCCCCCGUGAAGAUCUCUUCCAAACCUUCACCACCUCUGCAACCCCAGGACAGAAGAGUGCUCUGCUCCAAAACUGGUUGGACAUCAAGCGAACACUGCUGAUGAUCAAGUUUGCUGAGAAGUCCCUGGACAGAGAGGGGGGCAUCAGCCUCGAGGACUGGCUUUGCGCUCAGUACCUGGCUUUUGCCACCACAGACUCCCUGAGUUACAUUGUGAAAAUCCUGCAACACCGUUAAUGUGGCCUGGAUCUCGUUCUUAUUAUUAAGUAUUUCUACUUUCUUCGUGUUGCCCUCAGGUCCCUGUCCUGUCCUAUACUCACUCAGAAUUCAGGAAAGGAGAGAAGCUAACCUGCCAUCCUUGUCCACGAGCAGAGGGGGCCAUUCAGCAAGGUCAUCCACAGCUUUACACAGUGAGAAGCCGAGUGUUUCCUUACUGUCCAGAAAUUCCACUGCACAGCCGUGCAGUCACCCUCCCGUGGAACAUUUGUCAUCUGAAUAGCCCCACAAACCUGGGGUCAGGAAGGAAAUGGACAGCCACGGAGGACCAGCUCCGGCGGAGUGCACUUAGUAAGCUGCGUCCACCUCUUCCAGAACUGAAGCUAGUCUGCCUGUCCUCACUAGCUAGCGGCACACAGCCACCAACAUCGGCUGUCCUCCAGGGAUGCCCUCCCAGCAGCUUCCUCUUCCUGUAAAGUACCCACAGCUGCCUCUUUCCCAGGAGGCAUGCCACUUUGCUUCUCGGCUCAGUUUUAGUCACUGGGGACUGGCCUGUGUCCUGGCCGAAAGUGAAAGGAGAGGAGGUUCCCGUCUGUCGGGUGGCGGGUCGUCCAUUCGUCCAUUUCCAUUCACCCUUAGCAAAUGUGUACCCUACACAAAGAACCACCCGACAGCAGCAGCCCCGCCGCCACUGCUUGGCUGGCCUUCACCUUUACUCCGUCCCAACCUGCUGAAGUUUGGGUCUUUCAUCCGCUUUUGGGGCCCCGUUACAGAGCUGACCGGAGGUGGUGUCCCCAAUGCCUCAGCAGGAUGGAAUGCAGUUCAGAGUUUAUGAAUAGUUGGCAGGACAUGAGAAAAUAAUGUCCUUGUGUGUGCAAUUCUCCAGGGGCCCUCAGGGAACAGACUUUAAAGUACUGUUCUUUGAUCACUAUCAGACCUAAUGGCACGGCAGCCCGGACUGGUGGUGGCUGAGUCAGUGUCCCCCACAAGCGGCAACUGGCCACCUCCCUUCCAUCGGUAGCCAGUAUCAGCUACCCUGCCAGAUGCUGUAGACAGUGGCUCUGAAUGAAAUGGCUGUCCACUUUAGCAUUACCAUUGCCUUAGAAGGCACCUCAGAGCUGGCUGUUGAAAUGGCCAGAAGGCAAGGGAGGAGGGGAAAGCCACUAAGAUGGCUGGCCUGCUCCUAAGAAUGCCAGCCUCUUCCAGAAGGACCGCCUCCCAGAGUGAGUGGCCCACUGCUCCGAAGACUUUGCGGUGGCCUCGGUAGAUGGCCGAGAGCUGUUCCUGUGGGACCUGUGCUCUCCCAUGAAUUAUGUGCAAUUUUUGUAUGUAUUUUUAAUCUGUAUAUUACAGUGUUUAUGUUGCAACUUUACCUGAGUGAGAACUACAGAAACCUUCCUCUCUUCCCUUGGCACAUACUUGCGCUAAGAAGCGAGUAUUCUUUCCACCUGUGUGUGUGUAUGUUCGCUCAUGCACUUGUUGUAUUCAAAACUGUGAGUAUCUGUUUACUUCAACCUCAACAUCCCAAGAGUCACUUGAAUGGUAAGCGUGUACACAUGUGUGCCUGUGUGCACACACAUGCUGGAGGUGGGGACCAGGCCUCCAGGGAAGCAGCCUAUAGCAGAGUUCUCAGACCUGUUCUUUGCACCCUGCCAGUGAGGAACCUGGGGAGCCCUCAUCCACCAGCGCAGAGUCAUCGUAAAGCCAAGACUGAUUGUGCAGUAUUACUUGGGUGGCACCGUAGUGGCCUUGGACAUUUCUAGACUUUUAACAUUUUUAACAGCCUUUCAUGUGAUUCACCCUUAUCAAAGAGAAUCGAAAAAGGAGAAUGUAUUUUAUUAUUCAUUUUUAAAGAGAAUAAUAUGUGUGAGUCUGCAUAGGGAGGAUGGCCUUGUGUUCCUGGCUAGCUCUCCGAACUCCCAGGCUAGUUGGCUCACGGAGAGUCUCGGCCCUUCUAGAUAGCAUGACCGUGGAGUGGGCAGCCGUGGAUCGUGGUUGCAUCACACCUAGCCGGCUGGGGUUUGAUUCGUCUUACAUGGCCCAUGUGCACAUAACUCCCCGCCCAAUUAUGCACUGAACUGGCAGCGUGACGACCACUGGCCGGGUCAGCUGGCACAGUCCUUCACUCCACACAGCGUCUGCAGACUGAGAUGCUUUCUCAGUGUCGCUCUCAUGGUGCCUUGCCCAUGUAAACCCAAACGUUGACUGUGGAAGGAGGUUACAUAUUUAAUGCAGAAUGUUCCCUAGCCCUCUGUUUGUUCUGUCUGUAGAUACCCUUUUCCUGUUAGCUUCGACCCAGCCUUCUCUCUCAUGCUGCGAUAAAACAAGCAUGCGCACUUCCGCUGCCACUGCCUCACCGCGCUGGUAAACAGCGCUCUCUGUUCCACGUGAUGCCCUCACCGCGCUGGCAAGCUGAGCACUCUCCCUUCCACGUGUCUCUCACUGUUCUUAAGUCCACACAAGUGAGAGGCGAAAUAAAAGCCUAGUGACAAGAGAAGGGCCUCAGCUUCCCAGAGACGGGUAGCUGUGUUACCCGCCUCUGGGGAAUCGCCACAGAAUGUGGUGGACAGGAAGAGGAUGUCCUAGGUUAGGUCAGAACAGACAAGGAUUGUAUUUCUAGGCAGAGUCCAUCAGGUGGUCCUCUGAGCAUUUCUCAAAAUAGUGAAAUUCAGUCAGUAUAACUUUAUCAUAGAUUCCCAUUUUAAUUCAUCUGUCGGCUAAAGGGAACUCCUACCCUCUGCAGACACAUACACACAUAUAUACAUACAUAUAUUAUGAAUUUUGGAGUGUCACUGGUCUAGCACUUGAAGUUCUCCUAAGUAACGUCUGUAUUGAGCGGAUUGUUUUUUCUUUUAAAGUCUAUGCCAUAGAUUCUUCCAUUACAUUGAGAGUGUGAACAGCCAAGCCCCUUUGGAGCUUUUCCUUCAGCCGCGUGAACACAGUCUCAGCACGUGUGGACGCUAGAGAAUCAGGACUGUGGCUGGAGCAGGCAGCAGUAAAUGUCUCUCUCAGAGUGCCUUGUUAGCAUAGUAACCUAGCCAUGGAAAUAAGAAGUGUUUCACAGAGAGGCCCAGGCUACCAGCAGCCUCCUGUGCCGCAGAGGAGAGCCCUUUGGGGAUGUGUUCACCCACACAGUGUGCAAAAGCUCACCAUGAAGGACAGCAGUUAGAUGAGCAAACGAGCAACAGAACCCGUGGGGGGGCAACAUGAGAUUCAUGAACAUCACCAGCCCCGAGGCUGAGUCAGACUGGCAGGCAAGCCAAUGGCAGUGGCUUCCAGGAUUUGCUCUCAAGAGGUGGGCUGAAUGGGGUCGUGGGGGAUGUGCGCUCCUGCUCCUAAACUGCUGGAGCUGGGGCCAAGAAGCACAUCCCUCAGGAGCUAGCAGAGCAGCCUCCGGAGCAUCGCAGGAGUGUGCCAGUUCUGCCUUGGAGCUCAGGGUGUAUUCAUGAACGUGGAAAUCUGAGCCUCCAGGAGGAUCCAUGUUUCUAAGAGCAAAGCCUCUGUUGUCACAGAAUCCCAGGAACAAUCUUGACGCCCACGGAGUAGCAGGUCACGGAAGGCUUACACUCAGCUUUCCACAUUUAAUUCAUCCGAUACCGGAAAAUCACCGGGCAUUAGCCGGUGACCUGCCUACCGUCAGGAUUUUCCCAUAGCUUUUACCCAGAGUGAUCCAAAAAGAUACAGGCUAGUCUCAAAAACUGGGGUGGAUUUUGGAGGCAUCAUUGUAUUUCAAGUAAUUCUGGGUGUAUAAAGCACACACACUUGGAAACGGGACAAGAGGAACUCAGCUCGCUGGGCCAGCUCUGGCAUGCUGGUCAUUCCCCUCUCUAGUGGGUAAGGAUUGGGAUUCUGAUCCAGUCUAAUAAGUGAACAGGAUAGCUGCCCAUAAAACUGGGUUAUUAGAUUUACUUCACUGAAGCUCAUCUUCUCAAGGGCCCAAAGUGCUGCGCUGAGACAGACCCAAGUGCUGCCCCUGCGGAAGUGUGCACUGAAGUCCACCUGCCCACACUCACAGCAGUGCACAGCCGGAGACCUCACGGCCCCAAACCAAUGCCCCCACAGGAGGUCAGAAGAGCCGUGAUGCAUGAUCCUAGACAGGUUAUACCAAAGAAGUCAAGCCUUUCCAUCCUGCUUCUCAGACAAUGGGGCUGUGCUGUGACCGGUGCCAGAGAAAGGGAAUCUGUACACAUUCCACGAUCUGGGUGUUCAACUGUAAGUCAUUCUCAGAAAGGAAGAAAAGAAAAAGCAGUGCAUUUUGCACAUGAGGAGAGAAAGAAGGUGAGGGUGGUGGGAGUAAGGGAGUGGCAGCGGCCGAAGCAGGUAGUGAAAUUCCCUGGUAUCUAAGAAGAGCCCGUAACCAGCUUGCUCACAUGACUGGCUGUUGCCCAGACCUUAAGCGUGGGAACACCUCGUCUGUGUAAUAUUGAAAGCUUGGGCUGGAGGUGAUUUCUUUCUUAAAAAGCAGGUGCUUUCAAAAGGUUUGUCUCGAGAACUCUUGGGAAAUUUCUUAACACACCGCACCAUUUUAUGAACCUUCCCCCCGAAGGUGAUUGUCAUCAGCAUCUCUUCCAAUGUGUCUAAGUACCCAGAGUGUCCAAGGUGCUAUGCAGCUGUCGGCCACAUACCCCUGCAGCUGUUUUAAAUUAGAGCCCUUUGCAUCAGCUGCCACUGGAAACGAUGCCCACUUAGAUGGGCCACCGGGGUCUGCAUUCUGAACAUCCUCUGUCCAUUCCCCCUUCGAGGGCCUCUCCAUCUGUUCCCGCUUCCCACCCUUUCCUACCCCACCCUCCAUGGUUUUUUAAAUCAAGAAAGUUUCAGGGAAUCAAGAGGUGGGGGGUUCUUUUCAGCCCAGCAGAAUCGCAGAGUUAUAUAUUUUGCUAUGAAUAGUGUUGUGGUACAGGAAACCCACUCUGCCCGUCAGUUUGUGACUAGUGUGUGUGUGUCUGCACUCUCGGUAACUUGAAUGUUGAGCCAGCCCUGUGGCUUCAAUGUGGUGUCGUUGAAAGAUUAAGCCACACAGCUUUAGGAAGCCCACUCGUUUCUUGCCCUGUUCCCUCCCCAAUUCUAGAGUGUUGUGUGUGAACACACUGGGUUGGGUUUUCUGUUAAGGAUAUGGGGGGCGAUUUGUUGGGAGAUGGACACAGAAGCAAGAUGUCACCUGUCUUGGUGAUUGGAAUCAUGACAGUCCUUACUCUGACCUCUGGUUCUCCAUGGCCCUGCCCACACUAUUGGGAAAUCUUGUUUCCCUCCCUCCAGCACUCUCCCCAUCUCCUUACAUAUUUACAGUUGUAUGAAUCAACAACAGAUCCACCCCCACCCCCCGUGUCAGCAGUGGCGCCGCCCUUUGGUUUGCUGUGGUACUUUGCUGUGUACUCUGUGGCCUCACGUUACUGUGUAAAUAAAUUCAGUUUAAUAUACACAAAGAACCAGACUU